UUUAAAUACAGUGAUCUUUCGAGAUAUUUGACGUAGAGUUGCAAACUGCUAAUUCGGCUUACCUUUGUGUGUUGCUUUACCCCGGGCGUGGCGUUCCAUGAGAACGAUACUUGUGUCAAAGAUAGGUCAGAUUGGAUCGAUCAAUUAUAAAUUGAGAAUAAUGAGAGAGGAAUGGGUGCUGCAAAGAAGAAUCACUAUAUUAUGGCCUCGAUGGGCCUGUUGUUUGCAGCAAGUUGUUUUGGCAUUGCAGGUAACGAAGAUCGAUCAAUCGCAUUCUGCAUUAGGAAUAACUCUAGUGCAUUUCGAUUAAUUUAUUAUCUAUACUCAACUGCGAUAGCCUACUACUUUGUGUCCACAAUCGGAAGUGACACAGAGAGCAGCGGAAUCAACAGGAACGCUAGUUAUAAUCAGACGCAAAUAACCUACCAAGAACGAGGGGUGCACGAUUUCCUAUUCGGAUAUUUACCAGAAAUGGAUUCCGGCAGAAUUAGAGAUAAACCGGAUAAACGACUCGCUGAUUAUCUCACGUAUCAAUGUGGGGGAAAAUAUGUCGAAGAUCAAAAACUAAAAGGAAACAAGGGAUGUUCAAACACAUUUCCGUGGCUAGUAAGCAUUGCUAUUUUAAACCCGAACUAUAGUGAUGCAUCCAUGGCCCCUCGGGACCUUGCUCAGAGGAAUAGAAAAAUCAGGAACAACGAAACUGCAAUCAGGCGCGUGAUUGGUGUUUGCGGAGGAGUACUGAUUGCGACCAACUGGGUUUUGACAGCUCAUCAUUGUGUUAGCAAAUACCGUUAUUUGAAGGUUGUUGUGUAUGGACGCGAUAAUAUAGAAAACGUUACUGGCGUAAGAAAUUUCGUAUCAGAGAUUCAAUCAGUUUAUUUUUAUCCUCACUACGACGACGUUACAAACCAACAUGACAUCGCUUUGUUAAAACUGAGGAAUCCGUCACACAGUUGACGAAUGCGCCUCUUAGGCAGUUCAACGUAACAAUAGAAGAUCCAACGAAUUGUCAACGGAAAUACCGAAGAUUAAAAUAUGACGUGAACUACAAUAUUUGCGAUACAGAUACAAAAAUU